UCAGACACUGCCUGUGACGGACAGAACAAGUGCACAGUGUUUCAGAUGGCUACUUCCCAGACGCUGAGAAAGCAUUUUCUCUCCUGUGUCAUAUGUACCGAGGUGUUUGACAAUCCUUGUACACUUGACUGCAAUCACACCUUCUGUCGGAAAUGUGUCGUCAACUAUACCAAAACCAGACCAGAAGUCAUCAGUGCCAAGUCUCUCCUGUGUCCAUUCUGCAGCAAGAUGACGAAAGUGACUGACCCUGAGAGACCAGUGGAGGAGUGGGCGGAUGACGUCAAGCCUAGCUUUGUCAUCCAGGGACUCUUGGACUCGUUUGGUCCAGGAUCUAAAGAUAGAGUGUCCUGCAGUUACUGUAAAGACGACGGGGAGACAACUCCAGCUGAUGUUUGGUGCUCAGUCUGUGAUGACGCCUUCUGCCAGAAAUGUGCAAGAGUGCACAACCGUAUCCCAGCAACACGUCAUCACGACGUCACUGAUCUUUUUAGAGAGGUGAAGGUUGAGAGAAAGGGAAAGGUCAUGUGUAAAGAACACAAGAACGAACAUACAAAGUUUCUAUGUAAAGAUUGCAAGAAAGCAGUUUGCCACACAUGCUGCACUAUCUACCACAGGAAGUGUGACCAGGUCGUCACCAUAGAGUCGGAGAUACAGACGAUGAAAAGUGUCAUAGCGAAGGCCAGGGGAGAGUUAUCACUGAAACAAGAUGAAGCGAAAACACAUGUUGAAAAACAGCAAUCAAAAGUAAAUGAAGAAACAGCUCGACAUAAACAAUUGGAAUCCGACGUUCAGUCAGCAGGCAAAACAUUAAUCGCCAAGAUUAAACUCCAGGAAAGGAAACUCCUGGCUGAGCUGAAAGAGAUGUCAGACAAACACAUUGGGCAACUAAAAGCAGAUAUAAAGUUAGGUGAGAUGUCAGUACAGAUGUACCAACAACAGACUGAGCUGAUGGACCGGGCUCUCCAAUCUGAGUAUGACAUGGAUGUAUAUGAGAUGUAUCAGGGGUGUGAAGCAGGUGAUGUGGAGGCUGUCGGAGACGCAGACCUGAAGGAGAAGAUAAGGAUAGAAAUGAUCUCAUUUAGACAGAACAGCAGCGUACUAAGUCGAGCAAUAGACAAUCUACAGUUGGGGGAGAUUGACGUUUUAUAUGAGGAUGUGCUGGACUUGGAGGCUACGCCUGCGUUACGUGACACCAUCAGCACCAGAGUAGCGGGUGACGUGAAAACAAAAGACUCUUAUGAUGUGAAAGUGAUGGUUGUGAAUGGAACAGAUACAGUUGUAAUAACAGACAGGGAGAAUAAAUGUGUGAAGUCCUUCUACACCAGGAACAAUCAACCUUGUCACAGUAGACUUAAACUAAACAAUCAUCCGUGGGGUCUGACAAGGUUGACACACAAUCAGGUGGCUGUCGCAAUGCCACAUAUAAACCGUAUUAUAAUAGUAGGAGUCAACCCGGACCUGGAACUGCUGUCAACCAUCACAACCAGCAAAACGUACGUGGGUAUCACAUCUCUGACAUCAUCGACACUAGCAGCAAGUUCCCAGUCUCCUCCCUGUGUUGACAUCCUGGAUAUGACAGGAAACGCCCUGAGGUCAAUCGGUCCACUUCAUAAUGGUAAAAACAUACUACAGCAUCCCAACUACCUUUGUACCACGAGGACAGGAAACAUCCUAGUGUCUGACUGUGCAACCAAGUGUGUCGUGUGUCUGACCCCCGAGGGAGAUGUGGUGUUCACCUACAGACCUACAGGAGACACAGCACUGAAGUCUCCACGUGGUAUCACAAGUACCAGCACAGGUGACAUCCUGGUUUCAGAUCACCAUCUACACAGAGUCAUCCAUCUGACAGAGUCAGGACAGUUUGUUGGAAACAUACUGACUGAUUUAAAGCAUCCACAGGGGAUUUGUAAAGAUGGGCGUGGUAAAGUAUAUGUAUUAUCCAGGGGUAUUAAGGUCUUCACCUUUGUGACCAAAUAACUGUGUAGAAAACGGUAGAAGUACAGUAUAUUCCUCGUUGAAGAGGUCACAGCUGUAUACAAAUGUUUAGGAAAUGAAUAAUCAUUUCCGAAGAAAGACUGAGGGUGCUAUCCGAUAUGUCACUCCGUCAUGUGUUCUCAGAAAGAACUGUCAAGCUGUGAAGAGCAGGGGUCCCAACAAGAAGUGGCGUAUGGAAUUUGUUCCUUUGAAGAUGUUGACGCCUUAUUGGAAUCUUAAUGUACCAGUAUUUAAGAAAAUUCCUAAUGGGUGUAUGAGGAGACUUUUCUGUUUUCAACAUUUGAUGAGUAAGUGAGUUGUGUUCUUUUCUUUUGGAACAUGUUUUCGGUUAUAUUACGGCUAGGGACGCAGGAUCUAUAGCUAGAUGUUUACCAUUUUGUUAAACCCUUGAGAAUAGGUAUAGUGCUGAUAGACCAAGGGUCAUUAUGUAGACGAAACACGGAUUUAAAACCAGGAACAUCAGAUCUCUGCACUACUAUGCAACUCUUAUUAUAACACCUAAGCCCACUGACCCAACAAUGAUCAGUGGCCAAGAUAGUUUUCUAGGUGAUACUUUAAGUUGCAAAAAUGUUCGCAAUGUAUAUCAGAUAAAAUUGUCGACUUAAAUAAUCAUUUUCCCUUGAAUUUUAUAGAUAUGUAAGUUAAAUGUUUCAUACGUAUAUUUCUCGUGUAGUUUCCAUGCACCAUGACCCAGACAUGUCGUGUAUAUCACAGAGGUGAUAUACUGUUACACGAACACACCCUUCGGACAACUGAAAAAUCCAAAUGUUUGCAUGUAAAAUAUGGGCACACGAACGACUAGACAAAGCUCAUUCAUUAUUGCCAGGUUUCCCCUAACCAAGGAUAAGGGCUUGAUAUUCAAACAAGCUCGGGAAUCACUGGAGCGGGGAUCUAGGACACGAGUGAAGGAGGAUUUUCCACAGUCAGUGCGCGAGGAUCGACGAGCCCUCUCACCCUGGUUCGCCCAAGCUCAAGAAGCUGGAAAACAACCUAAAAUGCGACUCAACAAGUUGAUAGUCCAAGGUGAGGUGUUCAUCUAUGACAGAAACACGAAAUCAAUAAAGAACAUUACCCAUGAUCAACAAUAUGACACAAGAUUGCCAAGAAACAAUCGCACAUGGGUGGAUUUGUUUGGACCCGGAAGAAGGGAAACGUAUACUGAAAGGGAGGCAACUCUCGUGCAGGUCCAAUUAUUCAACUAUUGACAACAUUUUUAGUCUGCAGGCAAUGACUACAAAAUAUGCAGGGAGAAGAAAGGGGAGAUUUUACUGCCUCUUUGUUGACUUUUCAAAGGUAUUUGACACUAUAAGACAUGAUAAUCUACUGAAAAGCCUACAUGAUGUUGGGAUCAAGGGUAAACUGUUCAACAUAAUUUCAUCAAUGUAUUCAAGUCUGUGUGCUUGUGUAAGGGCUUCAACUGGACUAACUGAUAAUUUUGAAUUUAAUAUUGGCACCCGGCAGGGCUGUAUUUUGAGUCCACAACAUAUAUAAUAUUCAUAAAUCAGCUUUUUAUUCAACUU